AUGAUCGAUGUGCUUCUGGGGAGCCAUCGUGGUGGCAGAACUGGAGUACAAAGAGUUGGACGCCGGCAGGCCAUGCAUGCAGACAACUGCGAGAAGCGUCUUCCAGGCGAAUCUGAGACAGGGCUGGGGUUAUUAUCCGGCCUCCAGGUGGGACUCGAGCAACUGGACUAUCAAAACGACGUCAACGUCAGUCUUCAGCCUCCGCCAACUACCGACGGACUACGGACUACAACUCUUCAUUUGCCCUGUCACUAG